ACUGAGAAAGUACAAUGUCGUGGUAUCCAGACGAAUAGAAGGAACACAAAAUUGAAGCUACAGCUGGAAGAAGAUCUGACAAUAAUGUCGCCGAAUCCAGACAAAUUGAGUAUCCUGAUGCUUCCAGAUCUUCUUUAGGAUGGGACAAACAGUGUUAGAAGGGGAUUCAAUUUAGGAUUACGGUUUUGCCCUGGAUACUUGCAUGUAUAAGAAAGGCCUCCAGCACUAUUCCAAUUCGAGAAGCCUCCACUAUGUGCACAAUGUGGUUUUCAUCUUUUACAGACUUUCUUUAGAGACAGAGAGAGACUCUUAAUAUUGUUGGAGAAGAGGUUUCCAAUAUUGAAGAGAGGACAUCGGUUGAUAGCAGGUAAUUUUGGAUUGCUCAUGUAUCUGUUUUUUUUUUUUUGUUGUCUGAUACUUGGUUGUUGUUUUGAAAUGCUCCGGGGAAUUGCAAGUUUAGUCACUAUGUUGGAAGGAAGAAGAAUCGGCUUGAAGAAAACGUUCAACCUACAUUGCUUCAUGAGAUAAAGGCUUAUCAGAUCGUCUUCAAAGUAAGGGUUCGUGUAUCCAGAAUAUGGAGGCCAAAGAAAUUUAAUAGUGAGAUAUAUGAUGGCCUUCACUACAUCUUAAUUGACGAGAAGGGAGAUGCAAUUCACGCUGUCAUUGAAGAAUCUGAUUAUCUCUACGUCUCCAAAAAAAUGGAAGGACAGAUAUAUGAGAUUACCAACUUCUAUACACAAAAACCACGACCGGUGUCGAAGUAUAAAAUAGUUGAUCAUGAGGCAGAACUCUGUUUCGAUGAAUCAACAAAAUUUCAGGUUGGCAAGGAUACCUUCCCUCCAAUACCACAGUAUUCGUUUCAUGUUCUUGAAUUCGAUCAGUUCGGAGCACAAGUGAAGACUCAGGAAGUGCUUAUAGAUGUUUAUGGCUGCAUAAAAUCGGUUCUACCAGAGCACCAAGUUAAUGUGAAGGACAGUACAAAACUGGAGUCAAAAUGCGAAGUCUUCAUAGAAAACUUGAGAUUUUCAAAACCUGGCGAUAAAGUCAAGAUACUUCCUGUACCAUUCAAGCGACCAAUAGCAGAAGAAUUGAAGAACCAAACGACAAAAUCGGUCUUUGAAUUGAAUACAUUGAACCCAGAUUCAUAUGUGAAUCAUUCAGUGUAUUGCACUGCUUCCAUUCUCCGUUUCCCAGCGUAUAGUGGCUGGUUGUACAGAGGCUGUUCGAGCUGUUCUAGAGUGCUCAAAGUAAAAGAAGACAGUGGGGAAUUUCUUUGUCCUAAACCCGAUGUACAAAUCCCUCUACCAUGUUACAACGUUUAUGUGACAAUUCAUGAUCAUUAUAAUCAAGCAACAGUCACUCUGAUGGGGAAGCAAGAACAACAGUUGUCCAGCAUCAGUUGUUAGGAUUUGGUCAAUAAAAGACUAUAUCCAACAGAGCAGACAUUACCAGAAAAGAUUAAGAAAAUGGUUGGCCAAACCUAUCUGUUUGAGAUCCAAAUCAAUCAAUAUGGUGAACUGGUGGUCAAAAAUGUUUUCCCAGGUCAACAAUCAUCUGCAUCAGUGGUAGAACAAAACCCAAGCACUGCAACUCCGGAGUGCCUUUCAUCUAAAAAAAAGAGAAGCAUUGAAACAAGUGGAAAAACAUUGUUCAUCACAGAUACCGAGAAAAAAGCCAAGAGCGACAAACAAGGAGCAACAGUGUUACCAUCGUCAACAUCAUCAUCAGCAAGCAAGGAACUAUCUUAGCAAGAGAAGGCCAACUGAAUCUGAAUCACGCUUUUGUAUAGCUGUGGCUUAUUUUCUUCCAUCAUACCUGUGUUGACUACAAGCAUAGUCAGCGAAACAACUGGAGAAUGCUGUACAGUUGGGACUACAGGGAUUUUGCUUUUUGAACAAAUUCCAGCCCUGCUUUUUGACAACUAGCUCCAGUUGUUCCAACAGCAUGUUAACUCAUGUUUAAUAUUCUUUUUGUAACUCUGUAACUAAGACAAUCAACCUGACUAUGCAGCUGUUGUAAAGCUGCAAUUAACACAGCUAGCAAUACUGAGCAGCUAGCAUUUUUGAACUGUGUCAAAUAGAAUGCAGUGCAGCUGAAAUGGAAAAUGUGUAAAAACUGUUUUAUUAUGUAAAUGUAAUGUAACAAUUCUCUCUCCCUA